AUGGACUCUGUCAGAAAACGCAAGCUCGACUCCACAAACGACAAUGACUCGGGCAAAAAGCCCAGAAUGACUGAAGGACCCGCCUCCGCUGGCCCGAGCGCGGUUCCUACGGUUCAAUUCGCUGAAACAGCUGAAGCAAGUGUGGUAGCGGAGUUGGCUUCGGUGAAAGGGAAAGGAAAGGCGGAAGAAAACGCGCCGGGUCGCGCGAUCUCAAACAUGGACUCUGUCAGGAAACGCACAAACGACAAUGACUCGGGCAAGAGAACCAAAAUGACUGAAGUGCCCGCCUCCGCUGGCCCAAGCGUGGUUCCUGAGGUUCAACUCGAAACAAGUGCGGCAGCGAAAGGCAAGACGAAAGAAAUUGUAGCGAACGCGCCGGAUCGCGCGUCAAGACCGAGAAUCAACAAGCUCGCGCCACCACGCCCAUUCCCAACGGUACCGAAGUCUGUAUCUGCCACUGGCCCGCGUUCAGCACACAAAGAGGGCAAGAACUUUCUCUGUCUGUCUCGUAAAACCUCGUUGGGUACUUAUAUGCGCAGAUGUAAAGAUGUGAUUAUCAAAGACGGAUAUAAAACUCUUCAUCUGAGUGCGAUGGGAGCUGCGAUACCCCUUCUUCUCCAGCUUACAUGUGCCCUGCCUCCUAUUCUCCCCUUUCCCAAAGACGAGAUACAUACGGAAGUGAUAACUGGAACGGUCAAUGUUCAGGACGAGGUCAUACCCGAGGACGAUGAGGAGGACAUCACUUAUCAGACGCGAGGAAAGUCUACCGUCAAGGUCAUAUUUAGGAUCGGUGAUGGCGAAUUUGAAGGCGACCGCACUGGUCCACUCCGGAAAUAUAGUAAGGGUGGAGGAGGAAAGAAUAAAAAUGGGAGUGGCGGGAAAGAUAAUGACGUAGGAAAGCAAAAGGAUCAAGGAUCGUCUGCAGUGGUAUUCCAGGAGCCCGAACAAGAAGAUUUUAUGGACAUGCUAUGA